AACAGGCUGUCGCUAAGGAAUUCACCUUAGGUCCCCCCCCCAUCCUAAUUUUACAACUAAUGAUCGAAAAAGAAAGAAAGAAAAAAAAGAAAAACACGGCAGGGGGAGAAGAAAGGAGAGAGAGAGAGAGAGGGAGAGACAUCCCGGUCAUGUCUCCUCGGACUGUUGCACCUCCUGUCGCCGGGCCGGUGUUUGGAUGAGCGGACGCGCGGAGCACAGCAGCGCGCUCGGAACGCCCUCGACACGGCGGACAGCGGUGGCCACUGGACUUCCCCCAGAUGUGCUCCGCGUCCCUGACAUGCGCCCCGACGUCGCGACACACGCACCGGGCAUCAGGGCUCCUCCUCACCGCUCGGCGUCAGGUUGUCCCUCCACCAGAGGAGUGAUAUAGCCCGGCUCUGACGUCUGCAUCAGAUUGAUCACCCAGUGCUUCUGUGUUCUUCUUCUCCAAUGUGCAUUUUUCCCCCCUCAGUGACUUUGCGCUGAUCUACAUCAUCAUCAUCAUCAUCGGCGGCGGCGGCGGCGGCGACAAGGAGGAGGAGGGGGGGGGAGAAAAGAAGGGAAUGAAGAUUUCAUUUUUCUUUUUUUGUGGUUGAAAACAGCCCACCGCUCCCCUCCAGCCGCGCAGCGUUUCUCCCGGCUCGAAGCGAAUAUCUGCGAGCAGCACCGCGUCGCUGGAACCAUGCCUCUCCUGCAGAUUUGGACUGGGAAAUUUCAUCCGCCAAUUUGAUCGCCGAGGCGCCGCUCGCCCAGUCAUCCAUGCCAGUGGUUGUGUUGUUCUCAAGAGGAGAGAAUACUUGUCGUCACUUUUUAAACUGUUGUACAUGCGGGGUUUUUCUUCCCUUUUUUCUUUUCCUUCCCUGAGCAAGAUGUCUGAUCUCCUGGUGUUGGUCGAGGGGCUCUGUGACCUGCACGGAUUUCCAUAGCCGGGGAAAACAGCGGGGGCCAAUUACGAUAUAUAUAUAUAUAUAUAUAGAUAUAUAUAUAUAUAUCUAUAUAUAUAUAUAUACAUUUUUUAUUUUUUAUCGAGAAGCCUAUGUCAACGAGGACAUCGCACGCACAGAUGUAGGCUAGUUCAUUUGACAUUUACAAAAAAAAAAAAAGGCAAUCAUUGUUUUUUUUUGUUUUUUUCGAUUGCCAGUUUUUACUUUGUGCACUGUGGAGGAGGACCACUGGGCUGGUUGGAUUAUAGAAACUAUAUCUAAGGGAUUUUGUGGAGAUGUUGGGUCGUCAAGAAGAUAAAUCAUGUGGAAUUUUCUCUGCUCUGGCGGCUUUGUCCUUCGUAUGCUUUGUUCAAAGCUCCUCCACUGGAAGCACCGGAAUGUCUUUGGCCAAGACCACCGUGGACAAAUUGCUGAAGGGAUAUGACAUCCGUUUAAGGCCUGAUUUUGGAGGUCCUCCAGUCAUCGUAGGAAUGAGCAUCAACAUAGCGAGCAUCGACUCCAUCUCAGAAGUAAACAUGGACUACACCAUCACAAUGUAUUUCCAGCAGAGCUGGCGAGAUAAGCGGUUGGCCUAUGGUGAGCUGAACCUAAACCUGACUCUGGACAACCGUGUAGCAGACCAGCUCUGGCUCCCCGACACCUACUUCCUCAACGACAAGAAGUCCUUUCUCCACGGUGUGACAGUAAAGAACCGUAUGAUCCGGCUGCACCCUGACGGCACUGUCUUAUAUGGGCUGAGAAUAACCACCACUGCUGCUUGCAUGAUGGACCUGAGGAGGUACCCUCUCGAUGAACAGAACUGCACCCUGGAAAUUGAAAGCUAUGGAUAUACCACGGACGACAUUGUGUUCUUCUGGCAAGGAGGAGACAGUGCUGUGACGGGCGUUGACAAGUUAGAGUUACCUCAGUUCUCCAUUGUGGACAUCCGCUUGGUGUCCAGGGAGGUCCGGUUUACUACAGGUUCAUAUCCAAGGCUUUCGCUGAGUUUCAGGAUUAAGAGGAACAUUGGAUAUUUCAUCCUGCAGACAUACAUGCCGUCCAUCUUGAUCACCAUCCUCUCCUGGGUCUCCUUCUGGAUCAAUUAUGAUGCCUCUGCAGCUCGGGUGGCCCUGGGUGUGACAACGGUGCUUACCAUGACAACAAUUAACACCCACCUUAGGGAGACUCUCCCAAAGAUUCCGUAUGUGAAAGCCAUCGACGUCUACCUCAUGGGCUGUUUUGUGUUUGUGUUCCUGGCCCUGCUUGAAUAUGCCUUUGUAAAUUACGUGUUCUUCGGCCGGGGCCCUGCGCAGCAGAAGAAAAUCAAUGAGCGCCUGAACAAAGUCAACAACGAGCGCACGCGAUACGAAGAGAAGCGCCUGAGGGAACAGGACUCCAUUUCCUCGCCGUUUCAAACCAACACCUUCAGGUCAUUUACACAGCGAAGAAAUCUGUAUCACGAGGAACAAAGAAAAGUUGGGGUGGAUGCUUAUGGAAACAUCCUCCUCACCACACUGGAGAUGAACAACGAGGUGAUGCCUUCUGACGUGGGGAGCAGCGUCAGUGACUCUCGGAAUUCGGUCAUGUCCUUCGACAGCUCCGGGGUCCAAUUCAGGAAGCCCAUGGCGCCCCGAGAUGGCUUCAGCCACCACUCGCUGGACCGGAGCGCCAUGCGGAGCCGGGCCAACUGUCGGCUACGACGACGCUCCUCCAAGCUUAAGUUGAAAAUCCCAAACCUGUCCGAUGUGAGCACCAUUGACAAGUGGUCCCGGGUCAUUUUCCCCAUCACCUUUGGAUUUUUCAACCUAAUCUACUGGUUGUACUAUGUGAAUUGAUGUGCAUCCCACUAGGAAUCAUGGGCCAUAUUUUGAGAGCACAUUGAAUUGGCUUUGAUACAGUUCCAAAAUAUGUAUAGACAUAUACACGUUGAACAUAUGUAUAUGCAUAUUUCUAUAUAUUAUAUUUAUAUAUCCACGUAUGAAAUCCGAAGGACCUCUCUGCUGUACAAAAUAUUAAUAGGAUGACUUGAAUGUUUAAGAAUAAUUGUGCGAGAAGAAUUUCAAGGCUUUGAGUUUCUUUUUCCUCCUGAAACAAACAAACAAACAAACAAACACGAGACCCCACCAGGGUUUUUUGGAACUAAAGACUGCAUGAUAUUUUUGCUAAAAAAAAAACAAGAAAAAAAGCGAAAGUGAAAGCUCUAGAGAGAGAAAAGAUAUCUCAGAGUUCCAUUGACUUUCUAUUGAUACGUCGUGUUCAAAAAUCCUCCUCUGCAGCUCGUGAAAUCAGUGGUGGCUCGUCUGUUCAGGCAUCAGCUGAGUGAGAUCCCUGACACCACCCUCCCCCCCCGCCUCCCCCGUCCCCAACCUCCUCGCUCUCACCACCCCCACCCACCCGAGCCACAAAACCCUCCCAUCACCCAUGGAUAACAUGCACGGAAACCUCCGGUUCUACUAUGUACAGCAACCUUGUUUGGAUUAUGUGUUGUUCCUUGGGUUUUUUGAAGUGAUGUCGUUCUCUUUAUCAGACAUCAGCUCUGGCCUCAUGGUCUCCACUCGGGCGCCGCGUGGAUGGGAUGCUUGACCGCUGCAUCCCCCCCCCCCAACGCAAACUUGUAUUACUUUCUCUUCUCAUGUUAUUUUUAGAUACACGUCCUUGG